UGCUGUGUCCAGCGCAGCCCACCCCCAGGGUGCUGCUGGACCGGGCGGGGCGGCAGUCUAGUCUCGUCCCGGAGCUGCCCUUAGCACCCAUGGCAGCCGAGCAACCGGAGCUGCCGUCAGAGGUUCCCUCCUCGGAGCCCGCGGCCCCGCCGGCCAGCCGCUUGGGCGCCUGCUGCCGCCAGCCCCAUCCUGGGGCCGGCGGCGGGGCGCAGCCCGAGGUGGGGGCCAAAAAGCCGCCGCUGCGCACAGCCGCGGCCGUCAUCCAGCGCAUCCGCUGGGACCCGCGCCUGGACCCCGCUGACUUCUCGGUGGGCUACGCGGACCGCUUCCUGGGGGUGUGCGAGGAGCCCUUCAGCGCCUUCUGCUGGGACGAGCCGCUGGCGGCGCUCGGGCCUGGCGUCCUGGCCGUGCCGCAGCACCGAGUUCGCUACUUCCGCUUCCGCGGCCGCCUGGUGUGGGACCGCGCCUCGCGCACCGACCUGGUCUUCGGCUCGGGCUCGGUCGGUGGCCGGGGACCCACCAUCCUGGACGUGCUGGAUGCCAACGAGGACGCGCCCGCCCAUGAGAACACGCUGGGCGCCGAUGAGGACGUGCCCACCCAUGAGAACACGCUACGCGCCGACGAGGAUGGGCCCACCCAUAUGAGCGCGCUGGGUGCCAGCGAGGAUGCGCGGCUGGACCCCGAGGACGCACACAGGGCAGAGGCGGCCAUGGAGCAUCCGGAAGACCAAGCUGACCAGACCAGGCUUGGCGAAUUGGGCUUGGAGGAGCUUGGGGAACAGGAAGCUGCCAACCCCGGAGAGCAGGCGGUGUCUUUGGAUGCUCAGUGGGGUGCGGCGGCAGCGAGCUGGCCCCGACGCCAGCCCCGGCCCACCCACUUCGUGGCCCUGCUGGUGACCGAGCCCGGACUUCGGGCAGCCAUAUGCGAGGCCCAGGCGCGGCUGGUAAGGGCCGCCCCAGCCUGCGCCGCCUUCCUGGUGCCCUUGCACGCCCUGCACCUGACGCUGGCCCUCCUGCGGUUGGCGGGGCCUGGGGAGGAGGCGGCCACUGUCCUGGCCCUGCGGAGGGCCCUGGAGACCCCAGGGCUCGGUGCACCCCGCUGGCUGCGAUUCAGGGAGCUAGUCCUCCUGAACCCCCACGUAUUCUGCGCGCUCCCACACCCCACACUAGUGGACACAGCCAGGGCCCUGAGCCACCGGCUGGAGGCUGAGGGGCUGCGGGUGGUGUGGCCUCUCGAGGGGCUCCACCCGCACCUCACCGUGGCCAAGGUGCCCCGCGGGGUCCCCACCCGCCUCCCAGAGCCUGAGGCCGACCUGGAUGUGGAGCUGGGGAGCCAACCCCUGGGAAGCCUCUGGCUGUGCCGCGUGGGGCGGGCGGGGGGCACCUUCCAGCUUCUGGCCGAGGUUCCCCUGGGCUCAUGGCCCAGAGCGGAGCGCAGAUGCACCUGAGCACAAAGGACAGUGCUUUGUUUUUUUUUUCUCUCUCUCUCUCUAAUUUUGGUUUGUCUCAAGCUUCCAGAAUGGUGCUCAGUGCUCCAAGGAAAGAAUGAAGGAAGGGGAAGGGAGAGGCGGGCGGGAGGGGAGGCAGAGAAGGGAAGCAGCCCGACAGUCCAGCUGUGUGCGAACUCAUAGCGCGUCCUCCCCUUACAUGGCAGGAGGGGGGGGGCGGAAAAGAAAAAGGGGGAAGAAGAAAAUAUAACUUAAAUAAACACACAUACAAAGAAAAGAGAAGGAAACAUGACGUGAGCUGGUGAUCCAUGGAGGCAGGGAGGGAGGGUGGGAGGAGGGUAACCAUUUUACCUGUGCUGAGCCAGGGAAAGCAGGGAGAGGGAGGAGGGGAGGGGAAAAAAAAUCAGAAGAAACAUUGGGGUAGAGGGGAGAGGGACAUGGAGACAACUUAAUACAACUUGAGACGAGGCGGCCCGGCCGGCAAGGUCCCGCGAUGGGUGGCCUCGGAGUCCUCAGGGCUGGGUGGUGCGCUGGUCUGGUGGGGAUGGUGCUGGUGCUGGUGCUGUUGGCAUUUCUGGGGUGGGAGACCAAGGAUGGGACAUAGUCUCUAAGCCGCUCCCCUCACCCCAAACACUGAGGCCCCGAGGCUGGGCAACAAGAGUCUCUGAAGAGGCGGACAAGGCAGCGGGCAUGGCUGGCUGGUGCCCACUGCGGCGGGUGCGGGCGGACGGCCUGUCUUCUUUCCACUGGCCCCCCAGCAUGGGAUGGGCCGGGGCGCGGGUCGGGUGCCGGAGUACAAGCUCGAGAGAGAGAGAGAAAAAACACUGAGACAGCAUUAGUGUGAGGUGAGAGGUGGGCACAGAGCCUGCAGCCCCCACCCC